UUCUUUGAACUCGGUAGUGAGUAGAGUACCGAGUCAACUCAAUUCGAGUUCUGAGUCGAAGAAGAUGAAAGAUGAACUACUGCCGAGUCAAGUACGACCGAGUUUGGCCGAGUCAACUCGGAAUGCAGUUAAAUCAACAGUUCUUUUGCUCAUCACCUUCCUUACAUUCAAACUAUCUCAAAUUCUCAAUCGAAAUUCUACUAUGUCUUCUUCUUCGUCUCCAAACGACGCCGUACAGCGUAUUCUCUCUAGCAAGCUCUAUUUCGAUGUUCCAAUCUCCAAGGUACCGUUGAUUUACUCUUCGAAGUAUGACAUCUCAUUUCUUGGCAUUGAAAAGCUGCACCCAUUUGAUUCUGCUAAGUGGGGUAGAAUAUGUGGGUUUUUAAUCAAGGAUGGUGUUCUUGACAAAAAUGGUAUUGUUGAGCCAUUGGAAGCUUCAAAGAAUGAUCUCCUUGUGGUUCAUUCAGAGUCAUACUUGAAUAGCUUAAAGUAUAGUGCAAAUGUUGCCAUGAUAAUUGAGGUACCUCCUGUGGCAUUAUUUCCCAAUUGUAUUGUGCAGCAGAAAGUUCUUCAUCCAUUCAGAAACCAGGUUGGAGGUACUAUUGUGGCUGCAAAGCUUGCAAAAGAGCGGGGAUGGGCCAUCAAUGUUGGGGGAGGGUUUCAUCAUUGUUGUGGAGGGAGAGGAGGGGGAUUUUGUGUUUAUGCUGACAUUACCCUUUGCAUUCAUUUUGCCUUUGUUCGAUUAAACGUAUCUAGGGUGAUGAUUAUUGAUCUUGAUGCACAUCAAGGAAAUGGCCAUGAAACAGAUUUUGCCAAUGACAGUCGAGUCUAUAUUCUGGAUAUGUUCAACCCUGGAAUAUAUCCAUUGGAUUAUGAGGCUAGGAGAUAUAUUGAUCAGAAGGUCGAAGUAGUGAGUGGCACUAGAACACACGAGUACUUGCAAAAAUUAGACGAAGCACUUGAGGUUGCUGCACACGCAUUUGAUCCAGAGCUUAUAAUCUAUAAUGCUGGAACAGAUAUAUUAGAUGGAGAUCCACUGGGGAGGCUGAAGAUUAGUCCUGAUGGGAUUUCUAGUAGAGACGAAAAGGUUUUUAGGUUUGCUCGCGAGAGGAACAUUCCUAUUGUCAUGCUCACAUCAGGUGGUUAUAUGAAGUCUAGUGCUAGAGUUAUAGCAGAUUCGAUAACAAAUCUCUCCACGAAACGUUUGAUCGAUACACAUGUAACGGGGACAUGACUUUGUGCCAAAGAGGAUGCAAAAGGGCACAAAUUUCUUGAGUUCUUGAGUUCCACUUAUGUUGGAACUCAUGGUAAAUGAUUAUCUUUAAAGUAGAUAAGUGAGUUUUUAUUUUGAUUUUAGUGCUCAUUGACACUACUUUGAAAGAGUAUGUAAAAAUAUGUAUAUUUUUAGUUUUAAUAUUGAAAGAAAUGUUCUUUGAGGUGUA